CCGCCUCGCCCGAGCUUUCCUCAGUUAGGCAGAGGAGAGCGCGGGCUGCGCUCUGACCCCGGAGAUGGGCCGCGGCGGGAGGGGCCGGCAGCUGCUUCUGCUGCAGAUUUGGCUCGGCGAGGGGAGCUCCCUGAUGCUGCUGCUGCUGCCGCCGCCGCCUGCACCGUUUCCUUGCUGCUGGCUGUGCGGUUGGAAGGGAGCUCAACCUCCGCCGGUAUAAAAAAACACACAAAAAAACCCCUCCUAGCUCUCCAGCGAAGGCGGUCGGCCAAUAGGUCCGCACCGGUUUGAGAGAGACUGGUCUGGAAAGCAGCAGCAACUGCCGAAAGGAUACUUCGGCGGCUCGGCUGCGGAGGAAAGCGCGGGACUUUUCUUCCCCCUUCGCCCGCUCUCGCUCACCUCGCAGCCCGCGCCGAAGCGUCUGAGGGAAGGAAGCGGGCGCCGCCGCAGCAAGAAAGAAAAGGCGCGCGGGGAGGGUCGGAGCAGCCCCGCCGCCCGCCCGCCCGCCCGCCCCAGCUGCGCGUGGGUCUCCUCCUUUGGCGGUCGCGCGUGCGUCGUCGUGCGAGGGGAGGGGAAGGGGGGGCGGUGGGCUGGCGAGAGCCAGAGCUCAGCCCCGAGGAGAGACACACCGGAGGAUGGUCCUCCCGCCGUGGCCGCGCGCCGCCGCUGCCGAGCGAGCCUGAGCUGCGGACCGAGGGGAGAUGCGGCCGGCGACUCUGGCUGGAAGCCCUUGAGAUGAGGCGGACACCCGCCGCCGUCGCCGUGCCCAGAGCGGCUCCUCGUUUCCGAAGCAGUCUUUAUGGUCUGUCGGAGGAUAAUGAGAUCAUUUUUAAACAAUCAUACUAAAGCGACCUGUGAAGAAUCUCCAUGAAGGUGACCAGCCAUGCAAUGUUCCUGGAAGGCUGUCCUCCUACUUGCUUUGGCCUCCAUUGCUAUCCAGUACACAGCCAUCCGCACCUUCACGACCAAGUCCUUCCACAGCUGCCCUGUGCCUCCCAACCCAAUGAACUGUAGCCUGAACCAGGAGAUUGAAUCGGCCGACCGGCUGUGUGAUGAAAACCCCACCCUCGCUUACAACACCUCCAAGAAGACACAUGUUCUGAUCUUGGCCACCACCAGAAGCGGAUCCUCUUUCGUCGGGCAGCUCUUCAACCAGCACUUUGAUGUCUUCUAUUUGUUUGAGCCCCUUUACCACGUCCAGUACACCUUGAUCCCGAAGCUGACGCAGACGAAGGGCUCCACGGACCGGCGGAUCAUGCUGGGUGCUGGCCGAGAUUUGCUGAGAAGCCUCUACGACUGUGACCUUUACUUCCUGGAAAAUUACAUCAAGCCCCAGCCCGUGAACCACACGACGGACAGGCUCUUCCGGAGGGGGGCUAGCAAAGCUCUGUGCUCCCCACCAGUUUGUGAGUCGCUGGCGGCAUCCACCGACAUACCUCUGGAAGAAGGCGACUGUGUGAAGAAGUGUGGCACUUUGAACCUGACCCUGGCCACCGAAUCAUGUAAGGAUCACGGGCAUGUUGCUAUCAAAACAGUGCGGGUGCCAGAGGUCAAUGACCUCCGAGCCUUGGUGGAGGACCCCAGGCUCAAUUUGAAAAUCAUACAAUUGGUGAGGGACCCCAGGGGCAUCCUGGCUUCCAGGAGUGAGACAUUCCGAGACACUUACAGACUUUGGCGGAUCUGGGAUGGCACAGGCAGGAAGCCCUACAACUUGGACGUGACCCAGCUCACCACCGUCUGUGAGGACUUUUUGAACUCUGUUUCCACCGGGCUGAACCGGCCGCCUUGGCUCAAGGGAAAAUACAUGCUGGUGAGGUAUGAAGACCUGGCCAGGAAUCCCUUAAAAAAGACCGAGGAGAUGUAUGAAUUCCUUGGCAUUCCCAUGGACAGCAACGUGGAACGAUGGAUACAGAACAACACUAGGGGAGAUCGGUCCGCGGCGAAACACAAGUACGGGACUGUCCGGAACUCGGCGGCGACUGCAGAGAAGUGGCGGUUCCGCCUCUCGUUCGAAAUUGUGGCGUUCACGCAGAACGCGUGCCAGCAAGUGCUGGUACAACUGGGCUACAAACUGGUGUCCUCCGAGGAGGAAUUGAAGAACCUCUCCAUCAGCCUGGUGGAGGAGAGGGACUUCCUGCCCUUCUGGUAAUGCAGACAUUAGGGACUCGUGUUUUAAUGCUGAUACGAGCCAUUUCUAACUAUUGCCUUAUUUUCCUUCUUCCCCUCCUACUCUCUGAAAUUUGCACUAAUUCUUUGAAUGGAAGUCUUCAAAAGAGUUAACAUGAAGAAGGUGCCCCCGCUCUCAAACCAUAGUAUGGAUUAUGAGUAUUGGGUCUCUUAAGAACAAGAGCUAAAAACACAAACUGCGGAUGGGUAGCAAUGUUUACAAAUCACACACACGUAACAAUGUAUAAAAGGGAAAAAAAAGUAACCCUCAGGCUUUCCACACCGAAGGGCACCUGAGGAAUUAUACUUUUGCACUGUUUACUUUUACAAUGUAAGAGAUAACUAUAACUAUAUAUAUAUAAAUAUAUAUAUAUAUGUCUAAUUUAUGAAUAGUGUUGUCAUCUCCCACCUAACUCCUCCUGAUUAUGAGCAGGUUUUACUGUUAGCUGAAUGUGGAAAAGUCUCCUUGUUUUAAAUCUUGUUUUGAUAUGUCUGAGUCAUGUUAUCAGGCUGGUCGCUGAUCCAUGGUUUGUUGAGUAACACCUAUGACAUUUAUUUGUGCCAAAAAAAAUAGAAAGGAAGGAAGUGGUUUGCUGAACAUCAACAACAAUACCUUAAUGCUUUAUCUCUGUGUUUUCUGCAAAUAAAGAAUACAAUAAAAUCAAUUGUUCCUGGAGGGACAAAUUCACCAGGCCAGGCUCAA